AUGGACUCGAAGAAGCCUCAGAAGACUGUAGAUGCGCCCCCCAUGGCUGCAGGCCAGCCCGUUCAAGUAGACGCUUACGGUCGUCCAAUAGUUCAGGCUGUGCCGGCUCCACCCGGUGCCAUCCACGUAUCCAACAACUCCAAUAUUCGCCACGACGCACAGGGCAACGCGCUCUGUAAUACAUGCUCGGCGCCGUACCCACUACCUGCUGGCUGCACCAGUUGGAGAUGCCGAACGUGCGGAAAACUUAAUAACGCCAGUGUUUACGGGAACGAGUGGUGCAACAUUUUAUUGGCGUCUCUGAAUUUGCAAUUUAUUACUUUUAAUCAUCUUUUCAGGCCGCUACCGUCAUAUUUGUUGCCAUACCAUUUGUUGUCACGUAUGAAGGCAUGA